GAAUUGGCAGUUUAACACUGAUUGCCAAACAUAUACACAUCACGGCGGAUUAACAAUUAUGUGUCAUCAAAUAACAGAACGCUUCCUUGUUGUCCGACAACAGGGUUCUGACAACUUCGAAUGUUAUCCGAUCUUUUACAAUCUUCAAUCUCCUUUAAUGUUUACAUUUGGAUUAAGUGACGGAAUCAAAACGUUUGCCAACAAAACGGGAGAAUUUACAGAUAUAUGUGCAGUCUGUAAAUUGUCAGUUGCCACUUUGGUAGCUAAAGUUUUAGGAUCACCUGCCUUGCCCCCACCGUCUCGUUCCUGUGAUAUACCUUCAAUGUGCCCCUCACCUGGUAAAGCAUGUAGUGCGAAUGACGUCAUCCCUAAAGGUUCUGGAUGUCCAAUUCCUACACCAACCCCAACUGAACCAACAACAACCACGCCUGAACUAACAACAAGUGUGCCUACAAGUACUUCUGAAACAAAGACAGCGACUCGUGUCUACCGCAGUCAUUGCAGGAAGAGAAAUCACCGAUAUCCUUAGUGUCAUCAUAUAGUGACAUGAGAAAUUACCGACAUCUUUAGUUUCAUCAUAUAGUGACAUGAGAAAUCACCGACAUCCUUAUUGUCAUUAUAUAGUGACAUGAGAUAUCACCGACAUCCUUAGUGUCAUCAUAUAG